GUACUUCAGUCACGAAGAGGUUCUUACGCCAUUGUUUGUAUACCUACGCGAAAUUGUUACAAAAGAUAGUGUUCGCUCAUGAGUUAUUGUAUCACCAACGACUUCGCUGCGUUAAUGUACAAUAUUCAAAAUUCUGAGAGCUUGAUGGCGGCUGAAUUUGAGCGACGAUAACAAAUCGCGAUAAUGAUUGAUAGCAUCGGUUCAAAAGACAGUAUCACAGGCCUUGCGAUCCGAUAUUUUAUACUCCUCUUACUGGUACGUCACUGACUGAGAUACGAAACACAUGUUGUCACACACUUGCUGCACGGAACUCACGGAUUCCGCAGUAGACGAUAAAACCUUGGCCGGUGAACACUGGCUGGCAAUUUAUUUUCGAACAUAGGAGAACCGGAAACUGACUACCACCCCCUAUACUUUGACUACACAGCAACUCUCGUUAUGAUCAACAAGGAGAAAGAGGCAACGGCAACGGCUGGCAGUUCUGCACCAAAUCGUGAAAAUCUUACGGACGAUCCGCCACCACCUUACACCCUCUACAAACCGACAAUGGCGGACGAACCACCUCCGCCGCCCCUCGAGCCUCCAGCUUUGACUUCGGGAAAUCCUCCAGCUGUAACAACCCAAGUCAUAACUGGUCCUGGUCCACAAAUUUCGGAGAACUCUCCGAACUACCACUUGACGUCGGGAGAAAGCAUCAAGGCUGCCUGUUGUAUAGUGUUGUGCUGGUUCUGGAUACCGUUCGCCUUCUGCAUCGACUGUUGCUCCAGAAGUUACCCACAGUUGAGGCCCAAACGAUAUCGGUAGAGAAAACGCUUCCUGUUGCCUGGACUCGAAUUUAAAAGGACGAAUCGCAACUUUCAAGAUGCCCAGCUCGUUUUCAAGAACCAAGUGAACCAGGACAAAACCUAGGCGUCAAACUCUGUUCCUGGUUUGGCCAAAAUACGCGUGCGUGUGAUUGGGACCAUGUGAAAGCGAUCGCUGCAAGUUUACAGUGACAACUAUAGUACUACAUAAAUGCAGGCGAAUUUGCUCUACGUUAAAUUGUCCGUGAAGCAAUUCCACGAAAUAAUCGUGGCUCAAGUCGACCGGUGUAAUUUUAAAAAUUGGGAGCAAAACAAUUUUGCUUUUAACGUCGUAACUAUUUUUUGAAGAAGUCAAUUUCUUACGCUCCGUUAGACUUGUAUCAGUUCAUUGAUCACCAGCAAUUCGAACGUUCUAUAAUCAUGUAGAACUGAACAAGUGACAAUUUUUCAGUUGAAUAAUUUGCCACUGUCAGUAGGCAGGUUUGAAGUAGUUGGAAUAUAUCGAUCGUUCUGAAAAUAUUAUGAAACUCUGACAUUUGAAGUGAAAUCGAAGAUCGAUCUUGAAGUUUUACGGUAGCUGGAAUAUGGUGCCAAGAAGAAAAAUAUUAUUCUUUAUUUUUAUGUAACGAUAAUGAAUUUUUGCUGAUGAGUAAAUUCAAAUGAUUUAUCAGAAAUUCUUCUCAUAAUUCGUUUCGUACAGUAAGCAGCUGAAUCCGUUUUCUCUCCACUUACCAGCAUUAUCUCGUAUUUAUACCGGUCCCCUUGAGAACGUUUCAAUAGUUUUAUCUUAAUCUUAGUUUGCAAUUUUUAUGGUCUAUAUACCUCAACUGUUAACUGCGGCUGAUUAGACCUGACAUAUUUUACCGUACUAUAGACACACAUAAGUAUAAUCAUACCCUUAGUCACAUGUUCUAAUCAACAAGACAUUUAUAAUUGCUGUUUUCGUUCAAUACGACCAUCGCUAUUUCCAUUUAUAAUGUAUGAGUAUAUGUCACUGAAAAAACUAAGACACAGGUCAGCUAGUACUGUGUGGGGAAAAAAACUGAAUAGCAAAGGUGAACCCUUACAGGGUAUUCAUGGCGUACCAAGACGUCGUUACUUAUACUUGUCACGUCGUGAAGCAUGACAUCCCAUAAAUGCGAAUCAUAUCCGGGCCUCGCUUCCGCACAACGAUUGACUUAUUGAGGC